AUGGCUCCCGGCACGACAACCCCACCUCAUCGCUGGGCCCUCCCCCCUGGGUGGCGGUCGUCGCGGCGACACGCCGGCGAGCUGAGAGCCCCCAGCGAGCGGCAGAGCGUCUCAGUGUCUCCGCGCCCGAGAGCAGGCAGAGCAGGCAGCGACACCGGCCAGCAGCAUGGGGCCACGGAGCGCGCCGCGCGGGUGAGAGCCCCCCGACGCCUGGGGGCAAAGGAGGAAGAGGAAGAGGAGGAGGAGGAGGAGGAGGUGACAACAGAGCCUGAAGCCUUUGAUCGCCGCGGCAACCGUCUCUCCUCAUCCUCCUUCCGACUCGGCUCCGACGGCCCCCCGAGGCCAGGCAUGGACCCCGGCGGCCCGUCGGAGAGCCCGAACGCCAGCUUCCCGCCCUCCGUCGCCGGCGGUGUGGCGGCGGGCGCGGGCGGCGGCGGCGGUGCCUGGGGCGUCACGGGCAGCGGCCCCUGGCUGCUGGCCUUCAUGCUGGGCGCCAUCAUCCUCGUGACGACGUGCGGCAACGUGCUGCUCAUCGCCCUGGUGCUGGCCCACCGCGCGCUGCGCUGCACCUCCAACUGCUUCCUGGUCUCGCUCUUCCUGUCCGACCUGAUGGUGGCGCUGGUGGUGAUGCCGCCCGCCAUGCUCAACGUGUUGUGCGGCGGCUGGGUGCUGUGGCCCGCCUUCUGCCCCGUGUGGCUCUGCUUCGACGUCAUGUGCUGCAGCGCCUCCAUCCUGAACCUGUGCGUCAUCAGCCUGGACCGCUACCUGCUCAUCAUCUCGCCGCUGCGCUACAAGCAGCGCAUGACGCCGCCGCGCGCCCUGCUGCUGGUGGCCGCCGCCUGGGGGCUGGCCGCGCUCGCCUCCUUCCUGCCUAUCGAGAUGAGGUGGCACAGCCUGGGCCACGGGGGAGGAGGUGGGGGAGGAGGAGGAGGUGGUGGGGGCAACGGCAGCCUGUCGUCGUACGGCUCCCCGGCGCCGUACCCGCCGCCCUACUUCCAGCCGGCGGGGGGCCCCGGGGCCCCGGCCUUCCAGUGCCGGCUGCAGGUCACGCUGCCCUUCGCGCUGGUGGCGUCGGUGCUCACCUUCUUCCUGCCGUCCGGCGCCAUCUGCUUCACCUACUGCCGCAUCCUGCUGGCCGCGGGUCGCCAGGCCCGCCGCGUGGCCGCCCUCAGCCACCCCCCGCUGCCCCACCAGUACCUGGGGGCGCCGUCGCGCCCGCCGUCCCCGGGGCCCGCCGCCGGGGCCCUCAGGGGCCCGCCGCAGGAGGGGGACGACUACAGCCACCCGGAGCCCACCGCCUCCUGCAGCGCGCCGCUGUCGGUGAACAGCGAGCGGCGCCAGGCCCACCGGCAGGGCCGGCGUGCCCUGAAGGCCAGCCUGACGCUGGGGGUCCUGCUGGGGCUGUUCUUCGGCGCCUGGCUGCCCUUCUUCAUCACCAACAUGGCCGAGGCGGUGUGCGACUGCGUCCCCCCGGCGCUCUUCGACGCCAUCACGUGGCUGGGCUACUGCAACAGCACCAUGAACCCCAUCAUCUACCCGCUCUUCAUGCGGGACUUCAAGCGGGCGCUGGGCAAGCUCCUGCCCUGCUGCUUCUCCCGCUCGCCCCGCCGCCCCUCGCCCGCCCUCUCGCUCUCCCUGCGCAACUCGGGCGAGCGCCGCGUGGCCGGCGACUCGCCCUCCUCGCCGUCGCCCUCGCCCUCGCCGUCGUCGUCCCCGGACGCCGCGUCCGACCCCGCCCACCCGCCCGCCACCGCCACUGACGCCGUCAACCUGCUGGACGCCGGCGCCGAGCAUGCUGGGAUAGAGCUGCCGCUGCUGCUGCCCAAUCAGGUGGAGGCGCUGGACUGA